CAACUCUCUCUCUCUCUCUCUCUCUCUCUCUUUUUUCUCCCCCUCACACAGACACACAAUAAAAAGAAAAGCCAAUUAACCAAAGACAAAAUGGAGCAAAAAAAUAUUAUAUUUCUUUUUUCUCUUAUUGUUUUACUAAUUUCCUACACAACUUCAGCACGUCUUAUGCCUACAACUAAUUUUCAAGAUAAUAAGAAGAUUGAAUCUAAUGGUAUAGUCAAUCCAAUUUCCUCAUCACAAGUAAAAGACUUGAAUGAUCUCAUGGGAAUAGAAGAAUGUGAAGAAAAAGAUGAAGUUUGUUUCAAGAGAAGAAUGAUUGCAGAGGCUCAUUUGGAUUAUAUUUAUACUCAACACAAGCCAAAGCCUUGAAGGAGUUUGAUUUAAUUUGUAAUUCUACAAGCAGAAGAAUUAAUAAGCUUGUUUUUUUUCUUCUUUCUUCUUCAGGAAGAUUAAUUAGUACUACUAAAAGAACUUUAAUUUGUUAAACUUGUAUUUCAAUGUAUCAUAAGAUUGUAGUAGUAGUAGUAGUACUAUGUUUUUGUGAGCUAUAAAGAUAGUCAAAAGUUUAAUUA